GCGCCCCAUCCGGGGACUGGGCUCGGCGCUGCUCGUUCGCCCUAAAGGUUCCAAUAUGGCGGAGGCUUCUUUUGGAAGUUCGAGCCCAGUUGGGUCUUUGUCUUCUGAGGAUCAUGAUUUUGACCCCACUGCUGAGAUGUUGGUCUGCCAUGACUAUGAUGAUGAAAGAACCCUUGAAGAAGAGGAGUUGAUGGAGGAGGGUAAAAACUUCAGCUCGGAAAUUGAAGACCUGGAAAAGGAAGGAAAUAUGCCUCUGGAAGACUUACUGGCAUUCUAUGGCUAUGAAUCUACAAUUUCAGCAGUUACAAAUUCCAGUGCAAACAGCUCCCCAAGUGAACUUGCAGAUGAACUACCAGAUAUGACUCUAGACGAAGAAGAGAUAGCAAAAGAUCUGCUGUCAGGUGACGAUGAGGAGACGCAGUCCUCUGCAGACGACCUGACGCCAUCCGUGACCUCGCACGAAACUUCUGACUUCUUCCCUCGGCCCUUACGAUCAAACACAGCAUGUGAUGGAGAUAAGGAGUCAGAGACUGAAGAUGCUGAGACAGACAGUGGUAACUCACCGGAAGAUCUGAGGAAAGAGAUAAUGAUUGGGUUACAGUAUCAGGCAGAAAUACCCCCUUAUCUUGGCGAGUACAGAGGCGAGGAGAAAGCUUAUGACAGUGGAGACCAGUUACUGUGGCGCCCUGGCGUGGUUUUGGAGAGCAAAGUGAAGGAGUACCUUGCUGAGACCUCACUAAGAACUGGAAAUGAAAAAGUCACAGACAGAAGUGCUUCAGGUGCACACACCAGGGAUAACGAACAGGCAUUAUAUGAACUUCUCAAGUGUGACCACGAUGUAAAGGAAGCGGCUGAGAGGUACCGCCGUAAUGGAAAGGCGUCUCAAGAAGGAAUGACAGCAUAGACAGAAGAAUGCCGAAAUUUUGAACAUGCACUCAUGCUUUAUGGGAAAGAUUUUCAUCUUAUACAGAAAAAUAAGGUGAGAUCGAGAACGGUUGCGGAGUGUGUAGCCUUCUACUACAUGUGGAAGAAAUCAGAACGUUAUGAUUACUUUGCUCAACAGACAAAAUCUGGGAAGAAACGCUAUAACCAUCACCCUGGAAUUACGGACUAUAUGGAUCAUCUUGUAGAUGAAACAGAGUCUCUGGGUGGUACGGUCAGUUCUUCAGCCUUAACCUCUAACCGGCCGGAGCCCGUUCCUGACCAGCCCCUGAGCAUUCUCAGCUCCUUCACUGCCAGUGACCUGACAGCUUUGACCAACAGUGUAGCAACUGUCUGCAACCCCACAGAGGUGAAUUGUCUGGACGAUAGCUUUCCUCCACUGGGAAACACACCCCGUGGACAAGUCAAUCAUGUGCCUGUCGUAACGGAAGAGUUACUCACCCUGCCCGGCAAUGGUGAAAGUGAUUGUUUUAAUUUAUUUGAGACUGGAUUUUAUCACUCAGAGCUAAACCCUAUGUGCAGUGAAGAAUCAGAAAGACCAGCAAAGAGAUUGAAAAUGGGCAUUGCUGUCCCUGAAUCCUUUAUGAAUGAGGUUUCUGUGAAUAACUUGGGUGUAGACUUUGAAAACCAUACACAUCACAUCACCAGUGCCAAAAUGUCUGUCUCCGUGGCUGACUUUGGCAGUUUGCCUGCCAACGAGACAAAUGGAUUCAUCAGUGCCCACAGUCUGCACCAGCACGCUGCCCUUCAUUCAGAGUGACGUGAACGAGAAGCCAGAGACAGUGGGUGUGCAGUACCAGUAAACUUGAGGGGAGCUAUCAGGUUUGCAUAGUCUUUCACUGGAAGUUUGAACCUUUUUCACUAUGACAUCAGUGAUGUCAGUAUGUAUAGAACGAUAUCUUGAUUUAU